AAAAUAGAGGAACAAGGAGUGAAUAAAAAAAACUGACACCCACUUUUUUCUUGAUCAGUAGUGUUUUUAGAGAUGUUUUAACAUAAUUGCCAAGAAUCUACCCAAAAUUUUGCUGUUUCUACAUAGGACAACAGACUAUAAGCAAGUAGGCUGAUUUAUCAAACCAUCUUAGCAAAAUCUUAGCUAAAAAUCAUCUUAGAUCGCGCAUGCAUACAAUCGGCUCUUUAAUUUUUAGCAAUUAAAUUUGACUUAAGCAAAAAUACGGACUUAACAAGAAUUUAAGCUGUUUUCUAUUUUGAUAAAUCCGGUCCCUGUUGUUGUCUUGACCAACAAACGCAAUUGUUUGUGUGUUUUAACGCAGCCGUAUUGUGGGACUUUAGCAAUAGUAAUAAUAAUAGAUAGAUUGGUAUAGCGCAAAACUCGGGACCUCGUUUACUUGCAAUAAUAUCCAAGGGGCGGGGCUUAGCGGAAAUUUGAAUUCCAGAGCCGAUCAGUCAAGGUCCAAAUCAAGAAAAAAUUUCGACAUACAACAGGGAGUUGUUCCCUGCAUACAGCAAUAGUUUGCGCUGUUUUUCUGGUAUUCUAUUGUUUGUACAUGAAUAUUUUUGUGGAGUAAAACAGUUCGACUAAGCAGCUUGUUUUCAGAAUACGGACGUAGGCUUGGGCGGUUUUACAGAAUCGUGAUGUUACGGUCACUUCAGAGGUCAAGCUAUCUGAAUAUAUUGAGUUGUACUUCCAUAUCAUGUCCAGUAGAAAUAAGCCUACGUAGGCUGAUCCGCCGAAAUUGCAGGACGCAGUAUCCAACCAAACUUCACUGGGUAGGCUUACGUAACCGGUUCUAUUUAUCGACGAUAGUUCAUCCGCCUAAGGAUAAUUUAAUCACUGCCGCCAAAUACCAACAUGUUGAAGACGAGACUAUUUAUCUCCUAUUUAACGACGAAACAGAGGCACGCUUUCCAUUCGUUUGGUUAAGGGACAAUUGCCAGUGUUCGGAAUGUCAUGACAGGACGUCUCGAGAGAGAAUCCUCCCGCUGGACACUCUUGAUAUUGAUGUUAAGCCAAUCAAAGCAGAGUUGGAUUCUACUCAUCAGUCAAUUAUUGUUCACUGGUCAGACCAACACAAAAGCCAAUAUUCGGUGAACUGGUUAAGGAAAUUUAGAAACCCGUCAUCGAUGGACCCAAUUGAUGGACUGGAUGUGAGGAACUGGGGUUCUGAAAUGACCAAAGACAAGGUACCGACCUUUUCUUUCCAUGAUAUCAUGUCGGAUGAAUCUUCUUUGUAUUCUUGGCUUGCAAGUUUGCAUACGUACGGCUUAAGUAUUGUUAAUAAUCUUGGAGAUGACGACAAGAACCUAGCUCGUUUGGCAAAAAGAGUAGCACAUCCAAAAACGACAUGUUUUGGGUAGGUAUCCGUUGGCAUACGGCGGAAAGGGUCCGAAGGAUCAGUCUCUGGCCUGAAAAUAUUUUGAUGAGAUAAAUGUUUUAUUUUUAUAAAUAUAACAUUCUUUUUAUCUAAAUUUUUGUCGGUAUUUUCCAGAAUAUAUGAAAGUUCCCGGCUUGUAUACUCGUAAUUGUCGGAGAUCAAUAAAUAGUUUUAACACCAUAAAUCCAUUCCCGGUCUGCUUCACUGUAUACAGCAUGUGUUGUUAUUAUCGUAUCAUUAAGAAGCGAUUUUUCAUAUUGUGUUUGUUCCG